UUUUUUCAAAAAUUUUUAUUUAGUUACUUCAAAUAAGAUUUUUUUAAUAAUCAACUUAUUAUUAAGCAAAUAUGAAGAUUGCUUGUUUGAGUUCAUUCAUAAAAUUGUUAUGAAUGAUGAAGAAAAUAUUUUGGAAAAAUUACUUUCUUGGAUUGAUAAUAUACUAAAUUUUUUAAAAUUUUACAAGAAAACAGAUGAUCCAAAUUUAAAGAUUGAUUUAAAUGAAUUUCUCAAAAAUAAUACUGAUAAAAUUAACAUUGAAAAGCUAAAAAAAGAGGUUGAUGAUAUUGUAGAAGAAAAAAACAAAAUAAACCAAUUUUACGAACAGAAUAAGGAUGCAAAUAAUAAUUAUUUAGGAAAUAUGGUAAACUAUCAUUUUAAUAUUGAUAACACAAUUGACACAAAUAAAAAUGGCAUAAGCGAAAUUCAUAUGAAUUUAAAAGAUGGGGCUAUUAUGAUGGGUAUUAAUGAAAUUGAUUUCAAUGAAUUAACAGAUGAUUUAAAUGAAUUAACCAAAAUCAAUUCGAAUAAUCUGGAUCAAGAAACAAAAUUGGAUAAAUUUUUAGAAAAUAAAGAUUAUUCCACUGGAUCAAGUGAUAAGAAACUUAAAAAAAGUGAAAUUAGUAAAUUGAGUAAAGAAUUUCAAAAAAUUUUAUUUCAAAUGUUAGAUUUUUAUGACAAUAAACAAUAACUCUGGAAGUAAUAAAAUAGCUUAAUAGAAAAAUCGAUUUUUAUUGAACCUUUAAAUCUUUUUGAUUUGAUCAAAAUGACUUGAAUUUUAAUAUUGAUUCAGGAAUUGUGUAACUGGAACUUGGCAGGAUUAUCAAAAUAUCAGAACAGAUUCAGUUUCAAUAGAAG